CCCAGAUGACAACUGUAAAGGGUGAACACAAAGCUAGAUCUUUAUGCAUCUGGGUUUACAACACUGGGGAAAAAUGCCAAUUGGAAUUCCUCUAGGUCCUUGUUAACAAUUGGGAGUUCACAAUAAUUAAUUAUUUUGUCAAGUGAAAUAUAAUCAAAUUUUAAACACAAUCAGAUAACAGGAUUCAACUUAACAGUGUGUUUACCUAUCAUUUCAGCCUUUGGCUCACAUCCACAUACUGCCUUCUCCAGAAACAAUAUACUUAUGUGAAAGUUAACAUUGUAAGGUAUUAGGUUAUUUAUUAUGUUUUUCUUUCCUCUUCCUUUUUAUUCUUCUGUGUGCUUAUUCUGGUUUUGUCUGCCAUUCACUACUGGAAACACUGUUUAUAGUAGAAGUUUUUCAUCUUUAUGUAAAUACAUUGGUGUUCCGACAAUUUAAAAGCAAUGCUUUUUCUAUUCAGACAGUUUUAGGUGAUUUUUUUUAAGUUUAACAUAGUUGUAUUUGUAAACAUAAUGGCAGAGUCUGUUGCUACGAACUCAUCCUUAUAUAUAUAUAAAUCAGUGUCUCUGCCUCUUAAUAUACUGGAUGAUUGAAAAUCUUUCUGUCCUUAGAUCUAAAAGUCAUGUUUCUUAUUGUGGUGACAUGUGUGAGCUCCCUUAAUUUUCAUAUUUAACUUUCCCUACUAUGAUAUGGGGAUAAAAAAAACUCCCUUAGUCUACAUUAUGAAGCUAUUUUAGAAACAAAUGAUGUAUGAAAACUAUUUAAAUAUAAGUAGGGAGAUGUUCUAUAAGUCUAGGAGUUUAAUGUGGUUUCUUGAUUAGAGAAAAAUUUGUACUUUUCAGAAAGAUAGUAUGACUUGCUAGAUGCAGAAGAGAAUUUGGAAAUACGGUCACUUAUUGACUCUUAACACAAGAUGGCUGGUGGAUAAAAUCAUAACAUAGAAGAUCAUAGAGCAUUUGAAUGAGGAAUCUGAGUGAUGAUCGUCUACCUAUUCUUGGUUUUAUAGAUAAGGAAACUUGGGUCAAGAAAGGGCCAGAGACAGUACUUAACCAGGCAUCUUGACUCCCAGACCAUGGUUUUCUCCUUUUCUCUUUUGCUUCUCAUUGGAAACUGUUAUAAAGUACCUACAAGGGGCAGAAAGGGCCCAUGCCAAGCACCAGGAAUCCAAGAGGAAUACUAUGGAAGCACUUGUAGAUGAUUGGUGGGAAAUAUUUAGUAAGUAAAUAUUGCCAGCUGUGAUGAUUGCUAGUUAGGGUGCUCAGAGCUAAGACUCCUCACUUAUUUUUCUCUGUCCUCUGCUCCUUAGUGUGUUUGUGUUUUUUAAGGAAAGAUGGUUUUGGUUCUUGGGAGCCAACUCCUGGAUUAAGCCUAUUAUGGAGCAUUUAAUUGUCCUGAGUUAAGGCAACACUUAUUUAACAAAAAGAUUUUAUUUAUUUAUUUUUGAGAGAGCGCAUGAGUGAGCACAAGCAGUGGGGAGUGGCAGAGGGAGAGGAAGAAGCAGACUCCCCGCUGAGCAGGGACCCCGAUGCAGGGCUCCAUCCCAGGACCCCGGGAUCAUGACCUGAGCUGAAGGCAGACGUCUAACUGACUAAGCCACCUACGCACCCCUAAGACAACACUUUUUUUUGAGUGAAUUACUUAAUAUAGAAACCAAACUGGUUUAUUUCCAUUCAAGAUAGUUUCUUGGAAUUAUUCCUCAAAUCUACUCAGCUCACAGUUACUUUCACCAACUUAGCUGCAAUUGUGUAUAAAAUUAAAAGGUUGAUUAGCUUCCACUUGGAAUCCCAAACUACAGGGAUAAAUGGCUUAUAGUCUUAAUAUUAUUAUGGUAAAAUGUGAAACUUAUUUUCAGCGUGGGUCUGUUCUUAAAGCCUUCUUUAUGAGUCAAGGUGUCUGUGUUGCUGAAAAGCUCAGAGUACCGACCUCUAGGACACGCUGUCAGACAAGUAGAGUUUUCUGUUAUUAUAAAGUUAAAAGUACAAUCCUAGGUGUAUAUCAUACUUCUAGGAUCCCAGUGUAGGUAAUUUCUGUUCCCAAACCUGUUUUGUGGAGAUUGUAAUUUUAUGUGUGAAGCUUUAUCAUAGAGCUGAGGGUAGUGGUGGUCCAGCUCAAAGGAAGAGUAUAGUGCCAUCUAAAAUGUCUAAAUGCUAUUAUUUGGGUAUUGUGUACCCAAAAUAAUUCCUCAAUCAGCCCUUCACAAGGCUCGAAGUUCCACAGGCAGCAUCAUUUCAUGAGGGGCCUCCUAGAAAUAAUGAUUGUAUCUGGAGCUCAUUUUGGUUUUUGAAAGAAGAGACAAGACAUUGUUAGCCAGCACCUUAUCACUGUUGGCUGAAUGAUUUAAUACCAGUAUUUAUCCAGAAAAAAGGCAAGUUCCUGGUGCAAAGGUUGCUCUGCAGCAUAAUUUAGGCAUUGGAGGAGCUGUGGUUGUGACGAUCUAUAAGAUGGGUUUUCCUGAAGCUGCCAGUUCUUUUAGAACUCAUCAAAUUGAGGCUGUUCCAACUAGCUCUGCAGAUGAUGGAUUUAAGGCAAAUGUCUUUAAGGAGACUGAGAAGAAGCUUGAAGAGGAAGGGGAACAGUUUGUGAAGAAAAUCGGUGGUAUUUUUGCCUUCAAGGUGAAGGACGGCCCUGAGGGUAAAGAAGCCACCUGGGUGGUGGAUGUGAAGAAUGGCAAAGGAUCGGUGCUUCCUAACUCAGAUAAGAAGGCUGACUGCACAAUCACAAUGGCUGACUCGGACUUACUGGCGUUAAUGACUGGUAAAAUGAAUCCUCAGUCGGCCUUCUUUCAAGGCAAAUUGAAAAUUACUGGCAACAUGGGUCUGGCUAUGAAGUUACAAAAUCUUCAGCUUCAGCCAGGCAAAGCUAAGCUGUGAAGAACUCCCUUUGCCUACCUUUGAAAAUUAAGAUGAGAUAUAUAGAUACAUAUCCAUAUAUUUCAUUGUCCGAACUUAUACGGAAACUACACAUUGGCAAAUAGUGUGAGAUUUGUUUUUAAAUGGGUGUGCCUGGCCCUGUUUCUCCUAAGCUCUGGGUAGACAGGGCCCAAUGGUGUAUUACUGCUUGCUGAAUUGCAUACAAAACUGUGCAUUACAAAGUUCAUGCGGUAAUUAUGGUUUGGGGUAAAACUUGAGUUUCAGAA